AUAACAAUAGGAAGCCGAUACUCACACUUUGUCAUAGAACAUUGCGUGCAGUAGUUGUUAGUCUUUUACUUUCAUCCGAAAAACUUUCUCUAAUUAUGUCUACCACCCGGACAAAUUCAUUCAUAUGCGACAUCAUUUCGGUUCUAUUUCAUAAGAAAAGUACAAAUACUGGAACGAAUGUUCAAUAUUUACUGCAACAAUGCAACGACUUACUUACAUUGCCGUGCUCAAAAAUCCGGGAAGAAAAUUGGAAUGCAACGGCUAAUCAUGUUCAGGACACUGUUAUUGGCUCACGUUUCGACAAGACGAUUCUAAAAAUCGUUAAAGUUUGGGUGCCCAACUUUCCGAGAAAGCAUGUCUACCAUGUCAUAUUUUCCGUUCAGAUUCCGACUGGUGUCGACACUAUCAAGUCUUCGAACAAUCAUUUUAAGUGGAUGUCUUUUGCGGAUAUUGAAGGAGCUGCAAAGCACGCGAUGUUAUAUAGCCCGGAGAUUUUGACUUUUGCGAUACUCAGUGAAGCAGCCCAUGGAGAAAUUCAGCAUUUAAGUGAAUACCUUUUGGACUUAGAUGAGAACAAGGAUUUGUUGACUGAAGUGUUGGAUAAGAACGUUUUAUUGUUGCAAACCGAGUCAACCCCUGAAAAAUAUCUGGAGCUUUUGAAGAGUGCUGAAAUAGGAAUGUCUGAACAGCGAUGCCUUUACACCGAUUUCAUACAAAACUCGUUUCCGUAUUUGUACAUGAAUGGCCCGAAUUUCGUGCACAUUAUCACCGAAAAUGUGAAAUGGGAUAAAGCUGAUGCAUUAUCGUUGUUCAGAUCAGCUGAUUUACAUGGAAGGGGUGCCUUGUCUUUCCAAGACUUCUUACUCAUAAGUGCUGCCUGUUCGAGAACCACUCCUCACACGGGACUCCCUGCCGAAGCGCGGAGUAGAUACAUUUUCAGAUUCUUCGACGACGAUUCCGAUGGAUUGAUGAGUUACAGUAAUUUCACGAAUCUCAUUAAAUGUAUUCGAAUAGCGAAAAACCUACCCACGGACAACGGAUCGAUCAGUGAAGAAGUGAAAAAAUACGAAGCAUCUAUUGGUAUAAGUCCGUCAAUUAGUAUGACUCAAAUGCAAUUUUGCGCUGCUGUGGGAGAACUGAAACUGAGAGGUACCUCGACGUUGCUUAGAUUUCCGAACAGCAUCAAGGAAUACAUGUUUCAUCAUAGAACUAACCAAAUGAAACCGUCGACUUACCAAGUAGGAAGCAUUUCGGCAAAUCCUGAUGCUACCGAGACCAUUGAUGACAAAAGAAUUGUGCCCACAGUGUACGACGACAAAUUCAACAUAUCCACACACAGUUUAAAAAUCAAAAACUCUGGCGCAUUCAUUGAUAUUGACGAAAUAUGGUCACAACAUGACUGGGUAUCACCGUCAUCAAGUAGAUUAAUGAAGACGGCGAAAAAUAAAAUAUCGAUCGAACGCUUCAAUCAGGCGUCGGCACCGAAUGAAAUCAUCAAUUUCCUUAAAUAUUUUUCACAACCUUCUGCGGUCGAUGGCAAAUCGAAAAUGUGUUGGGGAACGUUUGACAUGAAGAAGUUAGGUAUGGCCAUAAUUGUCCUAUCCAGCAGCUUGACGUCGAUUAUGGAAAAUGAACAACGAAUGUUAGAAAUAGCGUCGCCUGUAUAUGUAAUGGGCGACUUGCAUGGAAAUUUCGAUAAUUUGAUGCAUUUUGAAGAGAUUUUUUGGCCAUUGAGUCCGACACUAAGCCCCUGCAACCUACUAUUCCUUGGCGAUUAUGUCGACCGCGGCUUGAAUGGGCUGGAAGUGGUGUGCUACUUAUUUGCCUACAAGUUGCAUAAUCCGAAAAAAGUGUUCCUGCUGCGUGGCAACCAUGAAGUUCGCGAUAUUCAAAAAACGUUUUCAUUUUACAAGGAAUGUGUCGAAAAAUUCGGAGGGCAGCUAGGCUAUGAUGUGUGGACGAGUAUAAAUAAUGUCUUUGAUGUCAUGCCUAUCGCUGCUAGAAUCGAUCAGCGGAUCUUUUGUUGCCAUGGCGGGAUACCCGAACCGUCAAUGUGCCCUAAUUUAUUAGAUAUCAAUAAUAUACCCGUUCAUUUACCGUUACCAUUCGAACAGAGUCAAUUGGCUUGGAAUUUAAUGUGGAACGAUCCCGUUAGACUGUCAGACAUUUCAGAUCUAUCGAAAUCGGAACUAGCAUCUCGAAAUGGAUUUGCAUUCAACAGUCGACGUGGAACGGGUUUAUGCUUUACUUCGGACGCUUUCAAUGCGUUUUUGGGUAAACAUGAAUUGUCUCAUAUGAUUAGAGCUCAUGAAUAUCAGGUCGCUGGCGUAUCUGUUCAAUUUAACGGACGACUUUUAACCGUUUUCUCGACAUCAGAUUACUGUGGAGGACGUAACGAUUCUGCCUGUAUUCUAUUAGCUCAAAAGAAAAUUAGUGUAAUUCGACUGGCUUCUCGGGGAAGUCUAUGAAUGAGUCUAAGUAAAAUAAUAAAAAUUCUAUAGUUAUAACUGCUGUGGAAGGUGUAUCCAUCAAAAUUGGGAUAAAUUUUUCAAAGAUUAAAUUUUGAGACGCAUGAGUU